AUGGCCACCGAACAAUCGGUACUCGCCGUCAUACGGGCGGCGCGGCCUUCAUGCCGUCACAAAUUCGACAAAGUUGCCUUCGCCGUGCACGCCGCCUUUGUCGCCUCCGGGUACGCCCUUCACGCCACCGGCCCUUCCGCCUUCGCCGACGAAGCCCUCUCUUCCUCUGCAACCGAUGAAGUUGGGAUAGAAAAUUGGAACGUCGUCGAGGGCAACUUUGCCUUUGUUUACUCAAACCCGGAGAAGGGCUCCAAGAAAGUUCUGGUUAAGUGUCUUGCGAUGAACGAUAAAUUGCUUGUUGACGUUUUGAAGGAAGGUGGCUCGGAGCCAUGGCAUCUUGAAAUUGAUGUUGAUGAGUAUGUGCAAGAUAAUGGUGGGACGAAUUACGGGUCACAGUUCAAGAAUUUGGGGAAGCUGGUAACCACUUUGAAUAAGGAAGUAUUGAAUAAGCUCGAUGGCCUUUCAGCUUCGACUUCUUCAAAUCAACCUUCAAGCUCCGAGAGAGUACUGAGAGAUGAUAGUCCGGGGAUAGAAGUUGAUGACCCUUAUAUAUCACCACAACACCCGGGAUAUAUAGUUCCUCCAAUACCUGGUGCUGGAGGCAGUGACCUCUUUCCUGGGCCUGGGGCUGGAAUGUAUCCUUCCAGGGGAGAUUUCGGAGGUGGAAGCAUGCUAGUGGGUCCUAAUGAUCCGAGGUUCUUUGGAGGUGGGACCAGCGGAUUUGGCUUUCCUGGAAAUUCUCCGGGUGUACCGCCUGGGGCCCGCUUUGAUCCGUAUGGCCCACCUGGCGUGCCAGGGUUUGAGCCAGGCCGAUUCACAAGGAACCCUCGAAGGCCAGGUGGAGGGCCCCACCCAGACUUGCAGCAUUUUCACGAUGGCUCGGAUUUUAUAUGA